AUGGUUUCUAUAAGUAUAAACAAAGUUAGACACCUAUUGCUGAAUAACAACUAUCCACGCUCAGUUGUGGAUAAGUGUCAAAAAGUUACUGUUGACAGAGUCAAGAAUAACUUGAGAAACAAUGCUGGUCUUAGAGGGUGGUCGUUCUGCAGGUUUCCAUUUAUAAAGGGUUUAUCACCGAGAAUUGGUUUUCUAUUUAGACCGACCAAUUGCAAAUUGGUAUUUUACAAUGUCUUUAAGGUUAAAGAUUUGUACAGCAGGUUAAAAGAUCCAGUUGAUAAGAUGGAUAGAUCCUUUGUGGUGUAUAAGAUACCUUGCACAUGUGGAAAGGUUUACAUUGGGCAAACGAAACAGAAAUUAAAGAAGAGAUUGUAUCAACAUUCUGUGGACUGCAGACCGGAAAGUUUGUUGAAACCGAACAGGACAGCUUUAGCAGAUCAUCACUUUGACAGGGAACAUAAUUUCCAGUUUGACGCUACAGAAAUUUUGGAUUAUGAAACCCAUUAUUUUAAACGUAACGUCAGUGAAAUGUUUUUCAUUAAAGUGUUUGAUUGCGUAAAUUACAGGUCUGACACUCUGAGUUUGAGUUCUUCUUACUGUGACAUUAUUGAGUCGGUUAAAUGUUUAUUUAGAUAG